AUAGCUAUUUUAUUACGGAUCCCUAAUUUUGAAAGAAAAAAAUAUAGCCUAUAGCCUUCCUCGAUAAAUGGAAUACCCAACACUGAAAGAAUCAUUCAAAUCGGACCAGUAGUUCCAGAGAUUAGCGCGUUCAAACAAACAAACAAACUCUGCAGCUUUUUAAUAUUAGUAUAGAAGUAUAGAUAGUACAGCUCCCGUCUGUGGUAGUUUGUAUAAUAUAAUAUCUCGAUAUAUAAAUAUAUAUAGCUACGUCUGUGACGGGAUAUAUUUUGGCAUAUUAGUAUAAUACGGAAUGUUCAACUUCUAUUUUUCGUUCCUGACAAGGCAACAUGCAUAUCAAAUUCAGCAUCGGAAUCAUCCUCUGAGGAACUUUCAAUUUAAUCUAAAAGUAGUGCUCUUGUCCAAUUCAUUUCGGUAAGAUCGAUUAUAACGUUAUUUCAAAAUUAAAACACCCUGUGCUAGAAAAUAAGCUUUAAAACCGUGCGCUUGCAAAAACGACCGCAGACCGAGUGAGGGCAAAAUAUAUAUUAUAGUAUAGCUCCCGUCUGUGGUAGUUAGCUAUAAUAUAAUAUAUAUUUCGAUAUAUUAAUAUAUAUUAUAGCUACGUCUGUGACGGGCUUCACACUACCCAAUUCUAAGUGCGCGAUCGAAAGUGUGUGCAUGGCCUAGUGUUGCCAGGUCAGAUUUGUUUUAAAUCGGUACAUGAGGUCAAAAAAAUCUGGAUUUAGGGUUGCAGAUUGGGACAGUAAACAAAAAACAAGGGGUUUUAAAGUCUGGGUUUAAUUUAUUGCGUUUUGAACUACUACUGCAAGAUUACCUAAUUUUUUUUUUUAAUAAUCGAGUAAAUGUCCCAAUCAGGAACAAAUCGUGACUCGAUCAGACCCCUGAAAAUCGAGACGUCCGUCCCGUGCAAAUCGGGACACCUGGCAACACAAGCAUGGCCCCUAGCUAGGGUGGUAUGGUAGCAAUAUUACACCGCGCCAAUGGGUAGUGUAAGGGUGCGGCCAGAGUGCACUCAGAUUCAGAUUCAGAUUGAGAUUCCGAAAACAAGCGCGAGAAAUAAACAGUGUAGUCGAAGGGUACCUACUCUGUGCUGGUGCUCGACGCGUUUUGCUCUGAAAAUGGAAUGCGUUUUGCUUCAACGAUAAUAACUUCCCAUAUACUUAAAAUACUCUUUGCUUUGAUAACAACUGUGCUUCUGAGUUAGUUUAGUUUCGAACAAUUUUCAAAAUUUCUUUUAUCUCACAAAAUAGUAAUGGAGAGGAGUACGAAGUAAUUUUUAUACAAAUGGAAAUAUAGUGUGUUUUGUCAUAAACACUAAGAAACUAUGGGUUGAAAUUAAGUUUUGAUUUGCUGUUCUUAUUCAAUUCUUACAAAGUUUGUUUUCAAUCAAUCCAUUCUGAUUGUCAACUCAACAUUUCAAAUCAAACUUCUUUGUGACAAAAAACUACCUUCAUUUAAAAUUCAGUAAGUACUCCAUAAAAAUCGUGAAAAUGGGAGAUGAAUUUCUUCACUCUGAAAAUACUCAGACACAGACGCAAAACUCGCAACUGGAGUGGAGCCAAAAUAAUACGCCGGCUUUCAUACCUACAAUCUGGGGGAGGCUGUAUUCUACAAAAUUAAACUUAGCUGGCAGAUACUUAUGGAGCAAUCCAAAUCAUCAAGAAUAUCAUGAUUUGAUUCAACCGGAAUUUAGCCUGGGGAGAGCUUUUACCUGCUCUUUUGUUCUCAAUAAAAAUAUGAUUAAAGAAAACAUAAUUAGGAAUGUAAGUAAGCAGCAAUUUAUCAUCAAAAGAGAUCUACAAGAAACACUGAAUCCAGCCAUAAUAACAGAUUUAUCAUAUAAUGGCACUUUUGUCAAUGGUGUUAAGAUUGGAAAAGGCAACAGCCGAGUUUUAGAUGACAACGAUGUAAUAGCCAUUACACAUGAGCUUGUAAAGAUUUUUGUAUUUAAAGAUUUAUUGAAAAAUGAACAAAACCAGGUGCCUGCACAUAUUUCACAAAAAUACUACAUAUCAAGAAUUCUUGGACAAGGGGCUUGUGGUAUAGUAAAAUUAGUUUAUGACAAAGAAAAAUGUACCAAGCAUGCAAUGAAAAUAAUAAAGAAAAGUAGAUUAACCAAUGGGCAGAUCAAUCAUUUGACAGAUCCAGUAAAGAUCAUGAAUGAAAUUAAUAUCAUGAAAGCUUUAAAACAUCCUUGUAUAGUUUCAACUGAAGAAGUAUUUGAUACACAUGAAGCUGUUUAUAUCAUCCUAGAACUAAUGCAAGGAGGAGAACUUUUUGAUCGAAUUACUAAACAUGGACGCUUGCCUGAACGUCUCACCAGAUUCUUUUUUAGACAAAUGGUACUAGCAGUCACUUACCUACACUCAGAAGGCGUCACACACAGAGAUCUUAAACCUGAAAAUGUACUAUUGGACAGUAAACAUGAUGAAGCACUGGUCAAAAUAACUGAUUUUGGAUUAAGUAAAUUUGUUGGUGAGGACAGCUUCAUGAAAACCAUGUGUGGGACACCACUAUACUUAGCUCCUGAAGUUGUAAGAGCAAAUGGACAGAACUUCUAUGGCCAUGAAGUUGAUGUAUGGAGUUUAGGUGUCAUUUUAUUUAUAUGCUUAGUGGGCUAUUUGCCAUUUUCAAAUGAAUACAAAGAAAUGACAUUGAGGGAUCAAAUUCUAAAGGGACAAUUUCGAUAUUCACCAGCCCAUUGGAAAGAUAUAAGUUUGGAGGCCAAAUGGCUGAUGAAAAGAAUGCUGACUGUACAAGUUGAGAGACGAAUCACUCUUGAUCAAAUACUUAAACAUCCAUGGAUGCAGGAUGAUGACAUUAUAAUUAGAGUUGAAAAAAUGUUAUGUCAUGCAGCACAAAUAAAAAAUUUCGAUCGGCUGUCCCUAAAAUCAGUCGAAGAAAAAUCUGAUGAAGAGAAUAAAAAUAGUGUCACUGUGAUAAAGCUGAUUGCGACGGGAAAGCGCACCCUCAGUGACAGUUACAAUUCCUGUGAACCAAACCCCAAAAAACUUAGAAUGGAUAUUUACUCAGGCAGCGGCAACAAGACUGGUGAUACCAGUUCUGCUACUAACAGCAUUUGUUCACAAGAGUGAAUUUCUCCAGAUGCUUCAAUUAUUUAUGAAUCAUUCUCAUUAUGUGAACUAAUUAACAAGGUAUUUUAAAAAAAUUUAAAUGUUCCUCUAUUGUUAAUUGAUUUGACUAUCAAUUUUAAAUAUCAUUUGAUUUUUUUAUUUCACCGUUAUUAAAUUUAAUUGUAUUUAGUUGUUCAAGUAGCUCAACCUAUUUUUAUUACUCAACUAGCAAACCCAGCGAACUCCGUUUCGCCACCAGAUUUAUGUAACAUUUCGUUUUGUGAUUAAACGAAAACGAUUUUUUUUUUAAUUUUUCCUGAAUUUUCUUUGCUAUAAACCUCACGGAGCCCGAGACCUUUCCAACGAAUGCAAAACCGUGGAAAUCGGUUCGUGCGUUCUGGAGUUAUAGCGUCAGGAAGGAAAACCCGACUUAUUUUUAUAUUACUCAAUAAAAAAAUUGUUUGGAUCCUAAAUGUCACUUGAAUAAUUAUUUUUUAUACAAGUGACUGAAGUUAGUGGGAAAAACAGCAAAGCCUUCCGCAGUAUAAGGGCGCUUGUUAACGAGACGAUUUCUACCUGGGUCUAAGCACGGAUUUUUAUCGUUAAGUAUAGGACACUGGAGGUUCGUUAACGACACCGGCUUUAGCGACGGUUUGGAGUCUCAAACAUAGAAACCGUGCAUUUGAAUUCAUGUGGUAACACUGUAGGUAUACUAAAUAAUGGUUACCUUUUUUAUUAGAUUUGUAAGUUUGCAAUUGAGUUGACUCAUUUUUUACUAAUUGUUGAUUUUGUGAAAUGUUACGGUCAUUUCAUACAAGCGCAGAGUAGAAGCGCAUCGAAACGAAUUUCUGAAACAAUAACAUAGUAAAUUCACCCUUAUCCUUCCCACGUAAUGCACAUAUUUCAUCUGAGCUUAUAAUAAUCAGCGCGCGAAUUUGCGAGUGUUGUAUCUCAUAAGGAAUAUAUAUGUAUGUUGCGGAGAUAAUGGUGAAUUUGCUUUGAAUUCACUUCGCUUCGACUCUGCGCUAGUAUGAAUAGAGCAUUUAGAUGUUUAAGUGAAAUCGUCCAUGUGAAUUGUUUUAAAUGUCGUUGAAGUAUGUUUUAAUAAGGUUAAAUAAUUGUAGAAAAAGUAAUUUUGAGUUUUUUUCUAUGGUUAUCCAAAAAUCUCUUAAUUGGUAGGACAUUUGAAAAUAUUUCCUUUAUAAGAAUUUAUUGAAUCUCAUCCUAUAUGAGGAAUGAUCAAUGACUAUAUUCUCUCUGGAGAAUGUAGGGUAACUCUACCAUGAUUAAUUUAUGAGUAUUACCAGACCACCGAUAAUUGUGCCAUUUAUGUGAAAAGCAAUUAUAAUUAAGUACUCGUUGAUGCUUGAAAUAAAUGUUGAUAAUUGAAUAAAGCAAUAUUAUUUUUAAAAAUAAUUUAUUAUUUUCUUCAAUUCCAUGAUACUUUCACACAAUAUUUACAAUAAACAAUUGUGUUUUUGUAACUACUACAAAGUAGACUAAGUGAUCAACACUAAUUCAGUCUUUCCUCAUAUUCAAUACAGUUUAACACAUCUACUGAAACAUUUAACAGUAAAUAAUAUGGAACCAACAACUUUUCCGUGCAAAUCAAUACGAUUGUCAGAUUGAUGAUUUUAAAAUAUUUUGGUAAACUUCUCUUUUCUUUUUGCGAGAAAGACUGGAAGAAUAUUUGCAUUAUAGUAUUACAAGAUAGGCAAAUUCAAAACAAUGGUAUGCAACAUAUUAUGACGUCUACCCCUUUUAAUUUGUAUGUAAACAGAUGACUUGGUUAUGCUGACUUGUUCCAACGUGGACUAAAGUUAUUCUUGGUUUAAACCUAAUACAUUCUCUGUUUUCUUUUUUUGCAUGCAAAACAAAAGGGGCAGCAUAAAUUUUACACUAGGUUUACCUUUAGUCAACGUUUUGUAAUAAGGCGGAUAAUGUGCAUAAGUCAUGAUAAUUGUUAUUUAUGACAUCAGAGCGCUAAGUUGGUUAUUACAAACGUACGGUAAAAUGUUUUAUCGCACGCUCUGUUGAAUGACCCGUAAUUUUGAACUUUCGAACAAUGUAUACAACCUCCGUGAAUGCAUUUUUUGAGCAAAUCGGUUGAAAUAUUAUUUUAUUGUCAUGAUGUUACGAAAGUUUUAAAUUAGAUUUCUUAAAUGUACUGUUUACUGUUAAAUAGGAACCGCUGACUGAUUUGUACUUAAAAAACUAGAAUCGUUAAACUGUAUGAAUAUAUUAUUUUAAAUUAUUAUAUGAAAAGAAGUAAUAUUUAUAAUCAUAUAAUUCGUCAAUGAUGAUGAAUGAGCCACCAUUGCUAUUAAAUUUUACAAAAUAAUGUUAAAGAUAAAUCAAAACACAUAAAAUAAAAUUGAUUAUUAAAUUACAAAAUUUUAAUAAUUAACCAUAAAUAAUUGAUAAUUUCACAAGAAAUGAACUUUUCAUAUUUUAAAUAUCCGGACUUUUAAGCCUAAAAUAACUUAGGGAUCUUCUUAACUAAUAGGUAACAGCAGAACUGUGCUUUUUGAAGUAUAUCGCUUGAGAUACUUAAACAUGAAAAGCAAAUUAAUUUGUUUCCAGCAAUAUACUUACAAAAAUGUGAAAUAAUAAUACCGAAAUGAACAGACCUCAAGAUCCUACACCCUUACAUUCUAAGCUACAUACUGUUCCACACAAUCAUCUUGGAUUCGUUUGAUAGCCCGCACUUAGCAUGUAUGCUGUCUUCCAUAAAUCAGUCUUCCUUUAUAAGUGACAAUCAAACUAACUAUAAAUCAACUCUAUAAGGCCUUGGUUAAGAAAACUAAUUUGUAUGUCGAUAUUUAAUUGAAAUAUUAGAUUCUAAUAUUGUGUGUUUGUUAUUAGGAUAGGUACCCAUUCGGACAUUUCUAAUUUUGUCUAUUCACUUGCGUUUUCUUCUUGUGCUGUACUGUAUGACGGCUCCGUUCUCCGAGCAACGGCUGCUAUAAAAAUUAUAGUUAUUUAAUUAAAAUAUUAGAUUCUAAUACUGUGUGUUCGUUAUUAGGAUAGGUACCCAUUCAGACAUUUCUAAUUUUGUCUAUUCACUUGCGUUUUCUUCUUGUGCUGUACUGUGUGACGGCUCAGUUCUCUGAGCAACGGCUACUAUAAAGAUUAUGGUUAUUUCGUUGAAAUAUUAGAUUCUAAUAUUAUGUGUUCGUUAUUAGGAUAGGUACCCAUUCGGACAUUUCUAAUUUUGUUUAUUCACUUGCGUUUUCUUCUUGUGCUGUACUGUGUGACGGCUCCGUUCUCUGAGCAACGGCUGCUAUAAAGAUACGAGAUAUAUCUCAAUUAACAAUUAUAUUGAAAUAAGCCAAGCAUAUUUAGUUAGCAGCAUAAGCAGAAAGAAAAGUUUCAAGCAUUAUGAUCUGCGCACUCACCUACAAACUAAAGAAUUUUUGAAUUAACUGAAACAAUGUAAAUAUAAAUAAUAAUCAAGAACAAUAAUGAAACAAGCUACUGAAUUUAAAAAAAAACUAAUAACUGUCAUAAUAACACAGGAAGAGAUGAAGCAUUUUAUUGCAAAAUGGAAACACGAAAAUAUUACCAUAGGUACAUACCAGUGAUUGCAUUGUCUACUUUCAAUUUGUCUCUGACGAUGUAGAUAGCAGUUAGCAAGAAGAAUACGCCUCCAAUCACUUCAACAAAGCAAGUGAUAAACAAGGAAUACUGCAAAGCUCUGAAUUGCACACUUGCACUCGGUUCUUCAGUAGGCGACCAUGAUAAAGAUUUCUUCAAGCUUUCAGAAAU